AUUCCCCUGUGAGAGGAGCGGACGCAGGAACUCUCCGGUCCCAGCAUCGGAGCUUGUGGACCAUUUCCCGCGUCCCGCAGCAUGCAGUUCUCCCGUGUGCUGGCCGCGCUGUGCGGUGUGCUGCUCUGCGCCUCCGGCCUCUUCGCUGCGUCCGGUGACUUCUGUGACUCCAGCCUGUGCCUGAAUGGUGGGACCUGCUUGAUGGGCCAAGACAAUGACAUCUACUGCCUCUGCCCUGAAGGCUUCACAGGCCUUGUGUGCAACGAGACUGAGAAAGGACCGUGUUCCCCAAACCCUUGCUUCCACGAUGCCAAAUGCCUGGUGACUGAGGACACACAGCGAGGGGACAUCUUCACUGAGUACAUCUGCCAGUGCCCUGUGGGCUACUCGGGCAUCCACUGUGAACUCGAGACCACCUCCUACCUGGAUGGAGAGUACCUGUCCAGCCCAGCCGUCCCUACCACAGCCGUCCCCACCACAGCCAUCCCCACCACAGCCGUCCCCACCACAGCCGUCCCCACCACAGCCGUCCCCACCCCGGCCCCCAACCCCGAUCUUUCCAACCACCUAGCCUCCCGCUGUUCCACAAAGCUGGGCUUGGAAGGGGGCGCCAUUGCCGAUUCACAGAUUUCUGCCUCGUCUGUGUAUAUGGGCUUCAUGGGCUUGCAGCGCUGGGGCCCGGAGCUGGCUCGCCUGUAUCGCACAGGGAUUGUCAAUGCAUGGACAGCCAGCAGCUAUGAUAGCAAGCCCUGGAUCCAGGUGGACUUUCUGCGGAAGAUGCGGGUAUCAGGUGUGAUGACACAGGGUGCCAGCCGUGCCGGGAGGGCGGAAUACCUGAAGACCUUCAAGGUGGCUUACAGCCUCGAUGGACGCAGGUUCGAGUUCAUCCAGGAUGAAAGCGGAACCGGAGACAAGGAGUUUAUGGGUAACCAGGACAACAACAGCCUGAAGAUUAACAUGUUCAACCCCACUCUGGAGGCACAGUACAUAAGGCUGUACCCUGUCUCGUGCCACCGCGGCUGCACCCUCCGCUUCGAGCUCCUGGGCUGCGAGUUGCAUGGAUGCUCUGAGCCCCUGGGCCUGAAGAAUAACACGAUUCCUGACAGCCAAAUAACAGCCUCCAGCAGCUACAAGACGUGGAACCUGCGUGCCUUUGGCUGGUACCCCCACUUGGGGCGGCUGGACAAUCAGGGCAAGAUCAAUGCCUGGACAGCUCAGAGCAACAGUGCCAAGGAAUGGCUGCAGGUUGACCUGGGCACUCAGAAAAAAGUGACAGGAAUUAUCACCCAGGGGGCCCGUGACUUUGGCCACAUCCAGUAUGUGGCAUCCUAUAAGGUAGCCCACAGUGAUGAUGGUGUGCAGUGGACCGUAUAUGAGGAACAAGGAACCAGCAAGGUCUUCCAGGGCAACUUGGACAACAACUCCCACAAGAAGAACAUCUUUGAGAAACCUUUCAUGGCUCGCUAUGUGCGUGUCCUUCCACUGUCCUGGCAUAACCGUAUCACCCUGCGCCUGGAGCUGCUGGGCUGUUAGUGCCCAGUCCUUCCAGCCCAAGUGACGAGGACGGCCAGAGGCUGAGGGGCCUCCUGGCCCUGCCUCCCAGGCCCUGCUGCCUUCUGUGGCUGACACCUUCUCAAUCCUCCCUCUUGAUUGCACUGGGACUACAGGCAGGAAGGGCAAGGGGGUUUCAGAGUUGCCCCUCACCCUUCCCCUCACCCUGCAGCCCCCACAGGCCUCCUGCUAGCCCCUUCUCUCAGGCAUUCUGGGGGAGUUGGACAGGUCUGAGAUGAAUAGAGAAGAAGAGUGAAGUUGGGGUAUGUGGGCUGCUGUACCAACCACCCCAAGUCCUAAACUUUCUCCAGGGGUUGACUCAAGACUAAAGGGAACCUCUGGUUGCCCACCCGUCUCUGCACACCGCACAUCCCUCCAUGUUCCAUUCCUGGAAGGAGAGGCCCACGUCCGCUUGCUGCCCCUUGGGUCACCAGAUCCUGCCUCUUAUCUCCUGAGACCCCUCUUGACCCUCGCUCUGGAGCCUCGGUUGACAAGAGGACUGUCGGGUCUGGAGAGAUAGAUGGGCUCUGGGUGGUUGGCGAGCUGGCUAUGGGACCUCUGCUGGCUUGCUACCCAAGCUAACAAGCAGAUUCCAAAAUACAUUUGUGCUCUCCACUGGA